AUGGCAUCUGACCCCAUACCCAACCAAAUCAAACCCCUCCUACGAUCCCUCUACCCAGCCACUAUCACAUACACACCUCAAGAUCUUCGCAGACAAGAUGAAGGGUCAGAUGUUGAAUGGUACCAACAGCCUCGCUUUGUGCAGCAUAUCGACGACGGGGCGAUUGUGUCCCUGAAGUCGUAUUACGACACGAUCAUAAAGCCGAGCCAUAGCAUAUUGGACCUUUGCUCCAGCUGGACAUCGCAUCUUUCGAGAGACCUCAAACCGCAGAGCAUGAUUGGAUACGGGAUGAAUAAAGUGGAAUUGGAACGGAAUUCACACCUUACGAAAUACUUCGUUAAAGACCUAAACAAGAACCCAAGUCUGGAAGAAGUCCCCAGCGAGAGUGUCGACACUGUUAUAUGCAACGUCUCUGUGGACUACCUGACACAGCCGGUAUCUAUAUUCAAGGAAAUGUAUAGGGUAUUGAAGGUUGGGGGAACUGCACACAUGGCAUUCAGCAACAGGUGCUUCGCUACGAAAGUCAUAGGGAAGUGGAUGAGGAUGGAUGACGAAGGUCGCAGACAAUGGGUGGGAGGAUAUUUCUGGGCAAGUAGUGGCUGGCAAGACGUCGAAGAAGUCAUUUUGAAGGAAGGCAAGGCUGGAAAAUGGGGAUCUACAGAAGAUCCUUUGUUCGUGGUCAGAGCCAGAAAGGCGGCUGCGAGUUGA